UUUGGACACGAGCAGGGGCGGACUGACCAUUCGAGCACUUGGGCACUGCCCGAGGGCCCGGGGUCAGAAGAGGGCCCCAUGAGAUGCCCCUGGUACCUUUUUCAUAGGCUUUUUUGAGUUUGGGAAUGACACAGGGGCCCCAUGAUCCCCAAUUGCCCGGGGGCCCCAUGAGUUGUCAGUCCGUCCCUGGACACGAGCAUCAUAGGUUUUAUUUUAAGCCUUUAAACUUAUUGCCCAUGGUAAUAUAUUUUGCAGUGUGUUUGCAUAUAGUCAGUUAAAAAUAUCUUUUUCAUAGGCUUUUUUGAGUUUGGGCAAGGACACAGGGGCCCCAUGAUCCCCUAUUGCCCGGGGGCCCCAU